AUGCCCGUGACUGAAGCUACCGCUGCAGCAGCCGCCGCCUUGACUGGUCAUGACACGCACCUAGCGCUCCCGCUCUACGCUCACCUCCUCCACGCGGACCUCCUUCACACCCCGCGCACCCUCCCGUCCCUCCUCAAGUCGAUUGCCCUGUCCCCCGCCACCCCGGGCGUGACCAGGCUCACGCUCGCCGUGCACGCCCACGUCGUCAAGCUCGCCCUGGUGGGGUUCCACCUCGUGAACAACGUGCUCAUCCACGUCCACGCGGGUCUCCUCGGUCGGCUAGCCGACGGGCAUUCAACUCCUGCGGACAUCGAUGCCUCCACAUUCAACACGCUGAUCACGGCCUACGCUGGGGAUAGGAGGGAGGCGCUGGGGAUGUCUGCACAGAUGCAGGCUGAGGGUGUCUGCCCGGACGACAUGGUGCUCGUGGCGUGUGCACAGCUCGGGGCGCUGGAGCAAGGGAAGUGGGUGCAUGUUACCUUAAGGCAAAUGGCUUAG